CGUAAACACACUCAAAACUCUUAAUCUUUUUAAGGAGCUUCUCUCUUUUAUCGCCAACUAAAAUGCAAUAUAUUUUCUAGACUGACUCGCAUCUCUUAACCACAAGUUCUACAUUCGUCGGAAAAGUAACUCGUUGGACAACAUAACAACGUACGCUUGUCUCGUGAAUCUCCCUGAGCUCGCUCUACGAACAAGACGACGACAAGCACCAUCAUAUAAUCCCUAGUCUCUAGCAAAGUUUCUCCUGAGCUUUUAUAUAUUCAAAGAUUCGGAUCUUGAAGAAGAUUCUAAUCCGUGAUUUCGCUUGAAUCGGUGGAAGAUUUGUAGAUUUGGACUGCAUUUUUCUGAAGAAUGUUGAUAGUGACUUACCAUCACCUAUAAGCUCUCUUCUCCUUGCUGGCGUUUUAGUGUUUCUGAGGAAAAGGCCAUGGCUUUGGGAUCUCCUAAGCUUUCUAUAUUUGGUGCUGCUUUUCCUCGUAAAGUGUCUACCAUUGCAAUAGCUAUAGGGGGAUUAACAUCCUUCUUUGUUUUCGGGUUGUUGCUUCGUCUUUCGUAUCCAGUUAAUUUCUCAAUGAGUGGUGUGUUUUAUGGGAACGCGACUCCUGAACAAGUUGAAGUCCCUUUAUCUUUGACCAACAACAAUACCGUGAAAGGGCUGUACACGGGUAGUGACAUUAGUGUUUCGGAUCAGAAUCUGACUUCUCACUCUAGCUCGGGAUCACAUGAUGUUGUUGUUAGUGGAAACAUACCACCACCGCCGGGUUUCGAUGGUGAUGGGAAGUUGGAGGAGAAGCCUUUGGUGGAAAGGAAAGAGGAUACGGCUGAGAAGAAGGCUGAUGUUGGAUCAGGUGAAGUGGAAGCUGAAACCAGUGUUUCCAAGGCUGAAGACACUCCAAGUGUUGUAGUACAUGAUGACUCUAAAACUGCUUCUGCUGAACCAGAGUGUGAUUUGUAUCAAGGUAGCUGGUUUUAUGAUCCGGAGGGACCUGUGUACACGAACAAUUCUUGCCCCGUCCUGACGCAGAUGCAGAACUGUCAGGGCAAUGGACGACCUGACAAGGGAUACGAGAACUGGAGAUGGAAACCAUCUCAGUGUGACCUUCCUCGGUUUGAUGCCAAGAAAUUUCUAGAGCUAAUGAGAGGCAAGACAUUAGCCUUUAUAGGUGAUUCAGUAGCUCGUAACCAGAUGGAAUCCAUGUUGUGCCUUCUUUGGCAGGUUGAAACACCGGUCAAUCGUGGGAGCCGAAAGAUGCAGAGAUGGUUAUUUAAGUCAUACUCAGUAAUGAUUGCCCGUAUAUGGUCAUCUUGGCUCGUCCAUCAGUUCAACGAAAAAUUCGAUUAUGCUCCUGAAGGUGUCACAAAACUAAAGCUGGACCUUCCUGAUGAGCGCAUAAUAGAAGCUCUUCCCAAAUUCGACGUGGUUGUCCUGUCAUCAGGGCACUGGUUUGCAAAGCAAUCUGUCUACGUACUAAAUGACGAGAUCGUUGGAGGCCAGUUAUGGUGGCCAGACAAAUCAAAACCCAUGAAAGUCAAUAACGUCGAAGCAUUCGGAAUAUCAGUUGAAACAAUCCUAAAGUCAAUGGCUCAACACCCUAACUACACCGGUUUAACCAUAGUGAGAACAUGGUCGCCUGAUCACUACGAGGGUGGUGCUUGGAACACAGGAGGUUCAUGCACAGGGAAAGAAGAACCAAUCCUUCCAGGGAAGCUAGUGAAAAAUGGCUUCACGGAGAUAAUGCAUGAGAAACAAGCAACAGGGUUUAACAGAGCUGUGGAGGGGGUCUCGGAGAGCUCAAAGGUUAAGUUAAAGCUGAUGGAUAUUACAGAGGCCUUUGGGUAUCGACACGAUGGUCAUCCUGGUCCGUACAGGAGUCCUGACCCCAAAAAGAUCACUAAAAGGGGACCUGAUGGAAGACCUCCGCCUCAGGACUGCUUGCACUGGUGCAUGCCUGGACCGGUUGAUACAUGGAAUGAGAUGGUGUUGGAGCUCAUAAGGAGAGACGUGGAAGGGGGGAAAAGGAAUAACUGAUGAGUUACAUAUACUAUUAUUAUGAUUCUUGAUCGAUGAUAAACCAAACAUAAACUCUCACUUGUAGAGUUUUGUCAACCACGGUGAGGUGUAGAAUUAGGAUUGUUUCUGAUCGUAUUUCUGCCACGUUUGCCUGUGUCUUUGAGAUUGAAAGCUAUUGUUUUGUUUCUUUUAUUUCAUGUUAUAUUUUUGGCUAUUUCGGAGGUAUUCUGAGUUGAGAUGUACAUUACGGAAUAAUUGAGCUCAUGUUAUCGCUCAGCUCAGUGAGCUCACCCGAAGGCGCUUGCUUUUGGGCUUGUUGGACAAGAAAAUAAUUGUUCGUACAAUUGAUAUAGGUAUAUAAUAAAGGGUAGAGGUAUUAA